AACUACAGUUAACAUAGUUGUAAUGAUAAAUAAAAAAAAGGACACCAUUGUAACCAAAACAAUGACCAGUUUAGUUGGUAAUACCGAUUAAGAUUGCAAACUACUGUUCAAGUGCCUGGCUGAACUACCUCUUAUAUUGAGUCAACGAGACUUCAUAUUCAUGUCAAAAGUUACAAACUAAACAGGCUCUAGAUGUCACGCGAAGAGGCAUUCCAGAGAACUAACACCGAAUGUCACUCCCCCAAAUAGUUAGGCAAUUCCGCAAACAAAAAGAUAAUGUCUCAAAUACUUUGAAAGAUGGAAGAACAAGAGUUUGAGGAGAUCCUAACCUAUUUAGCUAGGAGUAAAUAUCCAGAAAGUAUCAAUACAAAAGAUUCAAGAAGCAACUGGCGCAAAAAAUGUCGUCCUUUCACACAUUGCAAACACAAGCUUUACUACAAUCACAAAAAAUAUGGGGCCUUGUUGGUGGUCAAAGGUGUCAAAAGCAAGAAAAAAAUAAUAGAAUCAAACCAUAUCCAAUCAGAUGACCAUCACAUUGGUAUUAAUAAAACCCUCAAGAAGAUAAUCACACACUACUAUUGGAAGACCAUUGCUAAGGAUGUUCACAACUACAUAAAAUUAGAAUGUUCAACUUGUAUUAAGCAAGUUCUUCAGCAGAAGAAGCAGACAGCCCUAGCACCAGAUGUUGAAGAUGUGAGUGGUCUCAAAUCUUCCAAAAAAAUUGUUGACAAAGCUAUUGAACAGAUUGGAGUGGAUGUCAUUGGAACUAUUCUGGAACCGGGAGUUUCCCCUUCUCAGGAACCUGCCUUUAAAUGUGAAACAGGAGCACAAGCUAACAUGCAGCCUUUGAUUCUUCGUGACCAUAUCAUGGCACAUUGUGGCUUAGAUGUUAUUGGACCCCUCAGUGAAACUCACAAAGGAAGAAGAUUCCUAGUUAUAGUAACAGACUGUGUCACAAAAUGGGUGGAAGCAAAGGCACUGAGUGAACUUACGACAGAUGCAGUGGGUGAGUUUAUAUCAGAAGUUGUGUGUCGACAUGGGGCCAUAGAAGAAAUCUUAUCUAAACAAAACAGUGAUUUUUGUAACAGGCUUGCAGAAAAGGUGUGCUCUACCAUUGGUAUUACAGUGCAAAUGUCCAACAUUCCAUCCCAGUCAAAUGGUUAUUUAGAACAUUACUGGUAUAACAAUCUGUUGUGCAGUGCUCUAAUAAAAUACAGUAAUCAAAACCAAUAUUAUUGGGAUGUUUACUUAAAUCAAGUCAUUUUAGCAUACAGAACUUUCCACCAAAAGAACACUGCUUGGUCCCCUUUUCAACUCAUGUAUGAAAGGUCUGUUCGUCUCCCAACACCAGGACUCUCCCAGCCUUCUGCAGAUGCAUUUCCUGAUGAACAAGAAGCUCUUUUGGCUCAUAUGAACAAUUACAUAAAAGCUUUAUCAUGCCAGCCUCCUGGAUCAACUAUCAAUAUUAACAAUGAGAGAAUAAAUUCCUCUUUUUUACCAUCCGCAGCAUGUAUCAUAAGUUCGCAGCAUCAGCCAGCACAAGUACUUGGUUCUUAUGCUCAAACUGGUCCCAAUGGUAAUCAAAUAAAUUCUAACCUUUCAGUCGUAACUUCUCUUGGCCCUAAUCUCCAGACUUCCGUACACAACAGUGCAUCUCUGCAACCUGUAUCUAACAAUUCAAAUCUAACAGCCCAAACUACAAAUGGCAAUAAUAUGACUACGCAUAAUAUAACGGCCAAUAGCCUGAACACUCAAGCAAUUCCAGUGAAUACCCUAGGAACUCACACCAUUUCAACCAAUGCCUUACCAGCAUACACAAUAUCGGCUAAUAAUGUCAAUCAAAAUGUUACCACUAACAACAACCAGAUUGCUACUUCUCAAGCUGCAGCUACUCAUGUCAUUACACCACAAGUAUCAGCUACACAGUCUACUGCCGUCCAAGCCCAAACACAUCUUGCUACACAAGCAACAGCUGAUGCUCACUCAGGGCAUAUGGUUAUGAUACAUACUGAUGGAAAAGCAUAUCCUGAAUCAUUUUAUGUCAUUUGUCCCCAAUAGAUUAUUGCUUCAUCUCAGGGAUUUGCAUUACAGUAAAUGUAUAAAUGCAUAAAAGGAAUACACUGUGAGUAUUUAUAGUCAUACAAAACAUAAUUUUAUCUUUGAGGAAUACAAUGGUAAGUAUUUCUUAAACAUAUCAGACUUGUAAAUUACACAUCUACCUCUGCAAACUAAUGUCAGGAAUCAUUUUAAUUUUAAAGGUGGCUGUAAGGAUUUUCAAAAACAUUUAUGAUGUAACAAAGGAAAAUGGAUUUUUAUACUUUUAGAUACUGAAAUGAUUUGUAGAAUUUGUUGACUGAAUGACAACAGGUGGUAAAAUUUGCCUACUCUAGCCUUUUUAGUUUUAAAAUAUAAAGAACUCCCCUACAUACCUUACAUCUGGAUACCAUGGCUGGAUGUAGGCUGAAUUAUUUACUUAAGUAUAACUCAGGAAAAAAAUAUUGCAAAACUUUAAAAUGUAACAAAACUUGGCUAAUAUCAAAUUUUAUCAUAAAUUCUCCCUCACUGUCAGAACCAGCUACUGUAGUAUAUUGCUUAAGAAAAAGUUAGCAAAGAUAAUUCUGAUAAACAAACAAUUGUGAAUGAAGUUGUGAAGCACAUUUAUUAUUUUUAAUUGUAAACUGUUUGUGUUGUUCUGUAGCAUCACUGAAUAUUGAUUUAUUACCCAUUUCUUAAUAUCAAUGCGGUUUACUUUUAGUGUUAAGAUUUAUCUAUUAGAAAUUUUCAAUUUAGAAUAUUUUUUCCUUUUAAAAGAAUACUUGGGUUGUGUUAUGAAACACAAGGCUGGAGAUUUUACAAAAAUCUGAUGUGAAAAACUGAAGUGAAAUAUGAAGUAAACACCUCAAGAUCCAGAAUGUAGUCUUAUUUUGAC